UUUCCCCCUUUUCUUCCUCCUCACUCUUCCUCUUCCUCUUCCUCUUCUUCUUCAAAUUCUUCCUUCAAUGGCUUCCUCUGAUAAUUUCCCUACCUUCCUCAACCCCUGGCCUUUCCGCUCCACCUUCCAAGACCCAUGGAUUUCCGAUCCUUUCUCCCGUGAAUCCCAAUCUCUCACCAAAGCCCUCCACACCUCCCUUCUCCCCUCCGAUUCCCACGCCUUCUCUUCCUUUCUCGACCUCAUCUCUUCCGACUCCGCCGAUCCCACUCCCACUGUUUCCGGCAUCUCCGCCGGAGCCCCUCCUCCUGACCCGGACACCGCCGCUGCUCCUAAACGACAGAGGACCACUACUUCAACCAUUCCGCCUACUGCAGGCAAGGGCUCCAAGCGGAAAUCUAGGGCUUCCAAGAGAAAUCACACCACGUUUAUUACCGCUGACCCGGCGAACUUCCGGCAGAUGGUACAGCAAGUCACUGGCGUUCGAUUUGGUAACUCCCAAAUUCAGAUUCCGGCGGUGGUUAAACCCGAGCCACAAAGGGCUUCUGCUCGUUUCGCUGUGUGCGGCGGUGAUGGACUUCCGACGCUUGAUACUUCGGCGUUUUUGCUUAACGGCCACCACCAGCAGAGCUCCGGGAGUGGAUCUGAAAUUACUCACCCUGGCCCACUCUCCUUUGGGCCGGACUUGAGCUUGCCCAAUAACGGCCCAAUUGGAUCGGAUUUUGAUACAUUUUCGUCUUUUCCCACUCUUGAGUCGUGGAAGGCAGUCCUCUGAUCCUGGGAUGGAUAAUUUCUUUCUUUUCUUUUUUCUUUUUUUAAUUUUAUUUUUUGGAAAUUAAUAUUUAGUAUUUUUUUUUUUUUUUUUUUUUUUUUUAGUGGAGGAUCUUGAGGUAGUAAGAUGAUGGGGAUGGACAUAAUGGGUUUUUUUUCCUUUUUUUUUUUUUGGGAAAUUAGUGGUGCAAUGUAACGGUAAAAAUAGUAAAAAUAUUAAUGCCUACUCUUUUUUCUUGCAAA